CUCAGUCCGAGGAGGAGAAACGAGGACCGACGCCGAAGAGGAACUUUUUUAAGGUGGAUCCACAAAACUCUUCAUGAGAGGACCGGACGGCCAGAACCCAGACCGGAGAUGACCACCGGAGACAGCGUGUAGCUGCAGGAAGGCCAGUGGAUCCAGAGGAUCCUGGAGGAUCUCUCUUCAGGACUCCCACCACCACCACCUCCACCAUCACCAGCAUGCCUACAGCUUCCACAUGGUGCACCUUGGGAGUCUGACCCACCAUGUGCAGAUGGACGCCGUCCGUAGCUCACCUCUGUCCUGAACCUGCCCUCGGCACCACCACCACCACCAUCAGAACCACCGCCAACGCCGCCGCCGCCGCCGGGCGACCUCUCUCCUCACCCAGCGCCGCCUCCGUUCGCCUGGCAUGCUUCACCUUGCUGCUGGUCACCGCCGGCACCGCCACGGGGGCCUGUCCCCCCGGGGUCGGACACGAGGCCCUUCAGUUGCUGACGAGCGGCAUCAACUGCUCGUGGACGUUGGAGAGGCACACUCGCAGUUACAAUCACCUGGAGGGCGACGUCCGACUGCGGCGCCUUUACUCCGCCAACAAGUUCUUCCUCUGCGUUGACAAAACGGGCAAAGUGGACGGCACACGGCGGAAAAACUACGCAGACAGCCUGAUGGAAAUCCGAUCCGUCAGCGUGGGAGUUGUUGCCAUCAAAUCUGUCAGCACCGGGCUGUACUUAGCCAUGUCCAAGAAAGGCACGCUCUUUGGAUCGGUGAAGUACAACCCGAGCUGCAAGUUCAAGGAGCGCAUCGAGGAGAACGGCUACAACACGUACGCCUCGCUGCGCUGGAAGCACGGCGGCCGGCAGAUGUUCGUGUCGCUGAACGGCCGGGGGAAGCCGCGGCGGGGUCACAAAGCUCGACGGAGACACCCGUCCACUCACUUCCUGCCCAUGCUGCCCUCCUAGCCGCCCCUCCCCCACCCACCCCUCCAAUCUGAACUCUGGCCGGCAACCCGGGGGGGGGGCGGACCGGCU